AUGGACACUACACUGACAAUCAUUAUUGCAGUGGCAGUUCUGUAUAACUUUGGCAAGAGACAAGGAGACGAGCUCCCCGAGGAGACUGAGGAGGACCUACCUGAGGAGAAUGGAGAAGAUUGCCAGGUGCAACAUGUUGCCAAUGCAAAUGGGAAUGCUGUGAGGAGAACCUUGAUUGAGAACCAUUUUGCUGCCUAAGGUGUGUAUAAUGUAAAAUGUAAAAAUAAUAUUAUAUUUAGAUUGACACGUACAAUUCCUAAUUAGGCUAUCUGUAUUCAAAUGUAUUAUUAAGACUUUGUUAUUCUCAAUACCAUACAGGGUGGAACUGGAAGCACCAAAACACAAGAUUGGGGACAAAACUGGAGGGCAUCAAAAUGCUUGGGAAAGCAUUGUUUUAAUAAAUAAUUAUUUGAAUAAAUAAAAAGAUCAGCAUUCUUUACACAGUGGUCAUUUGUUUCCCUGAAGGAGUUUCUGUUUCUGAGUUUGCAGUAGCUCUUUUUGUAAAUUCAGGACCUCAAUCUGCAUAAUAUUUUUCUCUCUCUCUCCAGCUCCAAAACAUCAAUAGGAGCUUGGUUCAUGUCAGUUCUGGGGCGUUUGCUUGGCCUGUCUGGUGUUUUUGCUGCUGGUGCAAGAUCCAGGCACUGCUGUUUCUCCAUGGCACAGGGUGUUAGCUCAAUUAAAGGAAAGGAAAGGUGUCUUCCUUCUUUUUGACAGUCGUGUUGUCUGUCUUUUUGUACUAAUAAUAAUAAUAUGCCAUUUAGCAGACGCUUUUAUCCAAAGCGACUUACAGUCAUGCGUGCAUAAAUUUUUUUUGGUGUAUGGGUGGUCCCGGGGAUCGAACCCACUACCUUGGCGUUACAAGCGCCGUGCUCUACCAGCUGAGCUACAGAGGACCACACUCCAGUACGUUAGUAACAUACUCCAGUACGUUACUAAAUUCCUCCAUCAGCUCCGACAAGGUUUUUUUCAUAAGUGGAGAAAUCUGAACUUCUUUAACAUUAGCUAAUGAACAAGUUUUCUGUCUAGUACUGGCAAAUAACGGAAUUUAUUUCAAAUCAGCCAACCCAUGAGAACCUUUCACGAUGGAGUUGCAGCAGUGCUACAUUGUUAUUAUUUUAUCAAGGAACAGCAACUUUGUUGCCUCAUUUGUCAAGUAGCUAGCUACAUUUACAUUACAUUUGACUCAUUUAGCAGACGCUCUUAUCCAGAGCGACUUACAGUUAGUGCAUAAUUUUUUAUUAUUAUUAUUAUUAUUAUUAUUAAUUUUUUUCCAUACCCCCCGUAGCUACUUUGUUUCAACUCACGAAAUACUUCAUAUAUGGGUGUACUGUAACAUGUCAUUAAUCAUAGUUUAAAGCCGUUAAUCAUAGAUUUACUGAUCCAGAUUUAAAAUUAAGUGGUGCAACACGUCUCUGAUUAAUUAUAAACCUAGAUUUACAAAACCUAGAUUAGCUCUAAUCCUAGAUUAAUUUAAACCAUAUUGGUGCAACCCACCCUUAGAAUCAAACUCAGGAUGAUGUACCAAGCUACCAAUCAGCUCCUCUGUUGUGAUUCAAACCUUAUCCUGGAGGUAUUCUGUCUGUGGGUAGCCUUCUCUAGGUGUUCCUGGACAAGUGUUUUUGUAUAGUAAUAUGAGUCUAAGAUUAUAGCCAGUGAGUCACAAAGCUGCUCACUCAUAUUUUGUUUGGGAAUAUUACAGUAACUAUAGUAACAGGAGCCAACAUAUACAACAUAAUUAUGUUGAACUUAAUCGUAGCUUUAGUUUUCAUGACAAGGUUUGUGUUGAUUAUGCUUGUCCUCACACAGCUCUGAAGUCUUCAGUAAACAGAGAUCAGUUUUCUCUUUUUACUCCUCAGUUCCCCUUCGUAUUAGGAAGUAACCACUGAGAUCUUUGAAUGUUUAGUUGACACUUUUUAAGGUAUUUUUGUACUUUGCAUUUAACACCACAUUUAAUGAGCUUUAUACAACUUGCUGGAGGCAAAACAGCAAUAGGGUCAACCUGAGAUCAGGUGUAAACCAGAUCCUCUUUUGACCAUUUCCCCAGACAGACAGACAGCUAUUCAGUAAGACACUUACAGGAUGAUAAUGUUCAGUACAGUUUAACUGUACCUGUACUUCACGUGGCUCCCUUUGGCUGCAAAAACAUUAUACACACCAUAAACAACUCUGGCUGCAACCUCCCUGUUCUGAUCUGAAAAGGACAUUCUGCAUCUCACAGAAAACAGAGAUUUCAUAAAGUAUUUGGUAAUUCAGGGACUUUCACUGAUGAUUCAGUGAUGAAUCACAAGCCUUGUCUAAUAGUAAGGAAGUCUUGAGGUUUUGCUCGCCUGAGGUAGAGAAUCUCAUGAUAAGCUCUAGAACACACUAUUUACCAAGAGAGUUUUCAUCUAUAUUUUUUGUAGCUGUCUAUCUACCCCCACAAACCGAUGCUGGCACUAAGAUUACACUCAAUGAGCUGUAUAAGGCCAUAAGCAGACAGGAAAACGCUCAUCCAGAGGCAGCGCUCCUAGUGGCCAGGGACUUAAAUGCAGGGAAACUUACAUCCAUUCUACCUAAUAUCUAUCAGCAUGUUAAAUGUGCAACCAGAGGAAAAAAAACUCUAGACCACCUUUACUCCACACACAGAGACGCAUACAAAGCUUUCCCUCGCCCUCCAUUUGGCAAAUCUGACCAUAACUCUAUCCUCCUGAUUCCUGCUUAUAAGUAAAAACUAAAGCAGGAAGCACCAGUGAUCGGUUAAUAAAAAGUGGUCAGAUGACGCAGAUGCUAAGCUACAGGACUGUUUUGCUAGCACAGACUGGAAUAUGUUCCGGGAUUCUUCAGAUAUCAUUGAGGAGUACACCAUGUCAGUCACCGUUUUCAUCAAUAAGUGCAUCGAUGACGUCGUCCCCACAGUGACCGUACGUACAUACCCCAACCAGAAGCCAUGGAUCAGAGGCAACAACCGCAUUGAGCUAAAGGGUAGAGCUGCCGCUUUCAAGGAGCGGGACUCUAACCCGGAAGCUUAUAAGAAAUCCUGCUAUGCCCUCCGACGAACCAUCAAACAGGCAAAGAGUCAAGCACAGCCGCGAACUGCCCAGUGACAGAAGCCUACCAGAUGAGCUAAAUCACUUCUAUGCUCGCUUCGAGGCAAGCAACACUGAAGCAUGCAUGAGAGCAUCAGCUGUUUCGGAUGACUAUGUGAUCACACUCUCCGUAGCCGAUGUGAGUAAGACUUUUAAGCAGGUCAACGUUCACAAGGCCGCAGGGCCAGACGGAUUACCAGGGCGUGUACUCUGAGCAUGUGCUGACCAACUGGCAAGUGUCUUCACUGACAUUUUCAACAUGUCCCUGACUGAGUCUGUAAUACCAACAUGUUUCAAGCAGACCACCAUAGUCCCUGUGCCCAAGGACACUAAGAUAACCUGCCUAAAUGACUACCGACCCGUAGCACUCACGUCUGUAGCCAUGAAGUGCUUUAAAAGGCUGGUCAUGGCUCACAUCAACACCAUUAUCCCAGAAACCCUAGACCCACUCCAAUUUGCAUACCGCCCCAACAGAUCCACAGAUGAUGCAAUCUCUAUUGCACUCCACACUGCCCUUUCCCACCUGGACAAGAGGAACACCUACGUGAGAAUGCUAUUUAUUGACUACAGCUCAGCUUUCAACACCAUACUGCCCUCAAAGCACAUCACUAAGCUAAGGAUCCUGGGACUAAACACCUCCCUCUGCAACUGGAUCCUGGACUUCCUGAUGGGCCGCCCCCAGGUGGUAAGGGUAGGUAACAACACGUCUGCCAUGCUGAUCCUCAACACGGGGGCCCCUCAGGGGUGCGUGCUCAGUCCCCUCCUGUACUCCCUGUUCACCCAUGACUGUAUGGCCAGGCACAACUCCAACACCAUCAUUAAGUUUGCCGACGACACAACAGUGGUAGGACUGAUCACCGACAACGAUGAGACAGCCUAUAGGGAGGAGGUCAGAGACCUGGCCGUGUGGUGCCAGGAUAACAACCUCUCCCUCAACGUGAUCAAGACAAAGGAGAAUAUUGUGGACUACAGGGAAAAAAAGAGGACUGAGCACGCCCCCAUUCUCAUCGACAGGGCUGUAGUGGUACAGGUUGAGAGCUUCAAGUUCCUUGGUGUCCACAUCACCAACGAACUAUCAUGGUUCAAACACACCAAGACAGUCGUGAAGAAGGCAUGACAAAACCUUUUCCCCCUCAGGAGACUGAAAAGAUUUGGCAUGGGUCCUCAGAUCCUCAAAAAGUUAUACAGCUGCACCAUCGAGUGCAUCCUGACUGGUUGCAUCACCGCCUGGUAUGGCAACUGCUCUGCCUCCGACCGCAAGGCACUACAGAGGGUAGUGCAUACGGAACAGUACAUCACUGGGGUCAAGCUUCCUGCCAUCCAGGACCUCUAUACCAGGCGGUGUCAGAGGAAGGCCCUCUACCGUACGGCAAGCGGUACCAGAGCGCCAAGUCUAGGUCCAAAAGGCUUCUCAACAGCUUCUACCCCCAAGCCAUAAGACCCCUGAACAGCUAAUCAUAGCUACCCGGACUAUUUGCACUGUACCCCCCCCCCCCCCCCCCCCCCCCCCACCCCCACCCCCACCCCAUCCCACCCCUCUCUUUUACGCUGCUGCUACUCUGUUUACUAUUCAUGCAUCGUCACUUUAACUCUACCCACAUGUACAUAUGACCUCAAUUACCUCAACUAGCCGGUGCCCCCGCACAUUGACUCUGUACCGGUACCACCCUGUAUAUAGCCUCCCUACUGCUAUUUUAUUUUACUGCUGCUCUUUAGCUAUUUGCUUUUAUUUUUCUUAAUUAACACUUUAUUUUACAUUUUUCUUUUAAAAACUGCAUGUUGGUUAAGGGCUUGUAAGUAAGCAUUUCACUGUAAUGUCUACACCUGUUGUAUUCGGCGCAUGUGGCAAAUACAAUUUGAUUUGAUUUGAUGAUAAUUUUCUAACCUUCCAACAACCUGUAGUGGAGAUCAUCCAAGUGAGAUGGUAUGUGUCCUUAGGUGUUGAUUUCACUAUCAGGUGGGAGGUAUGAGAUAGCAGUGACCCCUGUUUUGACCUAUGACCACAGUGAUGACCCCUGUUAGUGAGACAAGAGCUGUCCAGCCAACCCAACCCAACAACCCUACCAGGACUGGACAGUUGUUUGUCUGAUAAGUGAAGUGUACAGAGCCACCCUUUAUCAUUUUAUUUACAUCCAGAGAACAUCCAUUACAACUUGAGUGAGCACGCUAACAAACUAGGGCAAACAGUGAUAGGGCUACUAGAGUUUUCCUGUUCAGGUCACAUGGUUUUUUCAUGGUUUAAAGACAAACUUUAUCGAACAAAACAGGCAGAGAGAGACACAUGUUCAGUGCCAAGCCUGUUCUGAGCAGAGUGGUUUCUCCCAAGAGGUAUAAUGUGUCUGUUUAACAGACUGAACAAAGCCUGUAAUUGUCUCUCGUUUGCAGAGACGGUGAUUCAACGUUUGGUGUUAUUUGAACGUAAACUGACUCCACCUUACUGUCUUCUUAGCAGUAUAAAGGAAAUAAUAAUCGGUUUAUCCCACUCUCCUUCUCUUUCCCCCUCUCUCCAUAACUGACUAAAGUCUUAUUCAGGGCAUUCUGAGCCAAGGAUAUCCGAUAUCAUCUUUAGAGGGCUGUGCUCUGAGACCCAGAGCGCCUUCUAUCCAGACCAGACCUGAGAGACCUAGGGAUAGGGAGUGACUGCUGCAGCCCAACCCCAUCCCAGAGAACCAAGGGACAGAGAGAGACAACAGCCCAGCACCAGGGACAGACCACAGCCCCAGAUCACAGCACCAAGGACAAAGAGAGACGACAGCCACAGACCAGGACCAGAGCACCCAGGGACAGGGAGAGACUAGUUCCAGAGAUGGCCUCGGCCGGCCUUGAGAUUCUGGGUAUGAUCCUUUGUGUGUCAGGUUGGCUAGGGGUCAUGGUGGCCUGUGGCCUGCCAAUGUGGAGAGUAGCUGCCUACAUUGGCCAGAACAUUGUCAUCUCUCAAGUGGUCUGGGAGGGCCUGUGGAUGAACUGUUCUGUCCAGAGCACGGGCCAGAUGCACUGCAAAGUCCACGACUCCAUGCUUGGACUCCCUGUGGACCUACAGGCGGCCCGUGCCCUGGUCAUUGUCUCUAUGGUGCUGUGCAUCAUGGGCAUCGGCCUGUCUGUAGCCGGGGCCAAGUGCACCAACUGCAGCUCGGACACGGGCAGCAAGCCUCGCAUGGUGCUGGGGGCCGGGGUGACCUUCAUCGUGGCGGGGCUGUUGCUGCUGACGGCCAUAUCGUGGACGGCUAACACCAUCGUCUUGGACUUCUACGACCCGAUGCUGGAGGAGACGGGAAAGAGGGAGUUUGGGAACUCACUGUAUUUCGGAUGGGCUGCCUCCUGUCUGCUUCUCCUAGGGGGAGCUCUGCUCUGCUGCUCCUGCCCACUGAAAGCACCCCAGAGUGGUAGCGGGGCUGGGUCUGGACCCCACAGGGUGGUGAACUACUCUGCGGUCAAAUCCCCCAUGUCUGUCAAUGGAUAUAUGAGGAGGGACUAUGUGUGA